UCCUCUUCACAGCUUACAUUUCUAGUGCUUCUCUUCUUUGAGAAAACUAAUAUUAUUCUCAUUACAAACAAACUCUCUCAUAGAAAACAAGUACAGAAAAUCUAUUGAACAAGUAGCUAUGAGGAUUUCUUGCUGUUUCCUCUUUUGCCUCUUGAUUUUUUCAGGUACAAGCAUUGCAGACAAGCAUCCCACAGAAGCCAUCAGGAAAAGCAAAAAACUUGCAUUCCAAGAGGAGGACAUUGCCAUUUCACCUUCCAUGUAUUCUGACCAGCUAGAUGUUCCCAUUAUUAAUCCAACAACCCCAGGUACGACAUAUCCAGACCCCACGAUGGAUAGUCCACCACCACCAUCUACCACACAGCCUAUCACGAACCCUAGUCCAUUCAUGAAUCCUAACCCUAACCCAAACCCAAAUCCUAAUCCUAACCCAAACCCAAAUCCUAAUCCUAACCCGAACCCAAAUCCUAAUCCUAACCCAAACCCAAGCAACAAUCCGGGGCCAUCUACUGGGGGGACUUGGUGUGUAGCCAGCUCCGCUGCUUCAACAACUGCUCUGCAAGUAGCACUGGACUAUGCAUGUGGCUUUGGAGGUGCAGAUUGUUCAACUAUUCAGUCUGGUGGAAGCUGCUACGAACCAAACACAAUUAAAGACCAUGCUUCCUAUGCUUUCAAUGACUACUACCAAAAGAAUCCAGCACCCACAAGCUGUGAUUUUGGAGGAACAGCACAGCUUACUAAUACUGACCCAAGCUCUGGGAACUGUCACUAUGCAUCAUCAAAAUCAACCCCUACCACACCACCUGCACAGCCACCCCCUACCCUGCCACCUCCUUCUCUGCCACCUCCAACUCCAAGCACUAUGACGCCCGUAAAUCCAUACACCCCAGGUGGCCCGAAUGGUUUUGGUUCUGAACCAACAGAUUAUGGUGCAGAACCAACAGGUACCCCCAGUGGAGCAGAUAAUUUAUCAAGCAACUUCCAGUUUCUCUUCGCCAUGGCCUCUUUCCUGGUGGCAGUUACAGCAAUUCAAUUCUAAACAGAUUGGGCAAGACAUUGUUCACAGGGGUUGCAAGAAGACACUAGUUGUCUCCAUACUCCCAUUGCUUCUAAACAGCAUAAUCAUCAUGAGAUGUGAAAAUCUCAUGGCAUUCAACACAUGAAACUUGCUGUACUUCGUCCAUUUAUGGCUUUUAGCCCAAGUAGGAAGACAGUACGUAGUGAAGAACAUCUUAAUGUAGCCAAUUUCUAUUAAAAUAUUUCUGCAGUUAAUAAAUACUUUAGACACGAUAUCUCAUUUUAGGAAUUUCAAUGAAGAGUCAUGUACAAAAUCCGGGAAGUGACCCAUCAACAGGAGACUAAUAAGAUCUACCAUUUAUCCUCCAAACUAUGGCAUAUGAGGUAUGCCACUUCCAAGAUACAGAGAACACAGUAGCUCACUACAUAAAUUGCAAAAACACAACUAAGUUUUGAAGAAUCAUUUGAAACUUAGACCUCUUUUUUGUUAUGCGUUUGCUUUUUUCUUCCUCGCAGCAGUCACUACUUAACAUUAUCAGAAACAAAAGGAACAAGACAGAGUUCUUUCUUUAUACAACAACAUUAGAGAGAUAACAUAAUUGAAUUAGAAUAUUUGAACUACUCCAGAAGAAUGUUAACUCAUGUUAGAAAUAAAAAAAUUGUAAAAAUGUGAAGACUUCAAUUGAGCAAACAUGCUCUGCAAGCCCCACUCACUCUUCAAGAAACAUGAACGUACAAAAAUAUGUGCAGGUCUGACCUGCAUGGUAGUGGUGCCAACCCUGUGCUUAAGCAAAAAGCAGUUACUCCCUUUGUAAAUUUUUACACUUUUACAUUUCAAGUAGAAUCUGGAAGGAGGUUAUUUAUCUUUUGGAGGAACCACUGGAAUUUGCAAACUCAUUCCUUGCGAUAGCCCAAAGAAACACUUUUUCUUUCUUUACAUCAAUGGAAAAACCCAAAAUAAGAAUCAUUUUGUUUCGUUGAUAAGUAGCACCAGAUGUUGCCCAAAGUAUAGAAAUUAAUAAGAUAUUAAUGGAAGCUUGUUCAUCUAAUUUAUUCCUGUAUAAAUACAUUCACCUUAAUUUGUCCCAAAAACUUGACUGGAUAAACAGCUAGAAAUUUACACGAGGGAUUUAAAGAAAGAUAUUUAUUUGUGUGAUCUCCAACCCUCAAAUGACUCAAAUAAUUUACAGGACUCCUUUGAGAAAUCACUGUAGUUUAACAUCAAAUCAAGAGCAAGCAUGGCACAGCAAUAAUACAAAUGAUGGCUAGGGUGGCAAUAAUUGAACCUUGAUCAAACGCCUUCUGCAAGCUGCCAG